AUGUUCCGGUACCUUAGAAAAUUUAAGCCAAAUUAUGUGUGUUAUAUUAGUAGGAAAAAUUUUAGCAGCGAAGUAAGGGCACCAGUAUUAAACACGGCAAGGAUGUUCAAAUCUUCAGUUUUUAAUCUUCAAGAUGCGACAGCAGAUCAGGUCAAGGAGUUUCUGAAUUCUUUUGAUACUGUUUUAAGUGAUUGUGAUGGUGUGCUAUGGAUUAAUAACAGCGCCAUACCUGGUUCAGCGGAGGCUAUGAACUUUUUUAGGAAAUUAGGAAAAAGAAUUUUUUAUGUUACCAAUAACUCUACUAAAAUUCGUAGCGAUUUUGCUGUUAAAGCGCAACAAUUAGGGUUUAUUGCUGAGCCGGAAGAAAUUCUAUCAACAGCUUAUUUAGUAGCCCAUUACUUGAAAGGUAUCGGAUUCAGAAAAAAAGUUUACCUAAUAGGUUCAAAUGGUAUUGGUGAUGAGUUGAAAGCUGUGGGAAUAAGACAUAUUGGUGUUGGACCAGACCAAGUGAAACAGGAUUUCAAAUCAAUGAAUUCAUCAGAUUUGGAUCCUGAAGUGGGUGCGGUGGUUGUUGGUUUCGAUGAACACAUAAGCUAUCCCAAGUUUAUGAAGGCUGCAUCCUAUCUCGCCAACGAGCAGUGUCUAUUUGUAGCCACAAACACUGAUGAGAGGUUCCCUAAAUCUAGCACAGUUAUAAUACCUGGAACUGGGACACUGGUUAGAGCGGUGGAAACAUGCUCGGAGAGGAAAGCACUAGUUCUUGGAAAACCACAUGAUUAUGUACGGAAGUUUCUGGAAUCAUUCGGCCUUGACCCUGCGAGGACUUUGAUGAUUGGUGACAGAUGCAACACCGAUAUUGAGUUUGGUGUUCGUUGUGGUUUCCAAACACUGCUCGUCAUGACUGGAGUGACUUCACCAAAAGAAUUAGAGAGGAUGAGAAGCGACAAAAAACCUCCUCUACCCGAUGUGGUUUUACCAAAACUAGGCGAUAUAGUGACUCUCGCCUCAUAG